AUGCCUCUUGGACGCGUUUUGGCUGUGGUACUACUGUGCCAUGGCGUCAUAGCCGGCCCGUCGGGGCCUGUGGCGGACCAAACUCUUCCAGCGCGCUCUGCCCCGCGAAAGCUACACGGCAGGUUCCUGCAUAUCACGGACAUCCAUCCGGAUGAGUACUACAAAGUACACUCGUCCACCGAUGAAGAUGACGGGUGCCACAGGGGCAGAGGCCCUGCAGGUCCCUACGGCGCCGAAACAUCCGACUGCGACAGCCCCUUCUCCCUCGUGAACGCGACCUUUGACUGGAUCGACGCGAAUCUCAAAGAUAAUAUCGACUUUAUCGUCUGGACCGGCGACAGCGCGCGCCAUGAUCGCGACGAGAACCUGCCCCGCAAUGCCGACCAGGUCCUCGGCACCAACAGGUGGAUCGCCGACAAAUUCGUCGACAUGCUUGCCGACAAGAGCGACAAGGGCAUGACCAUCCCGGUUGUGCCGAACUUUGGGAACAACGACAUCCUGCCGCACAAUAUCCUCCUCCCGGGGCCCAACAAGUGGUUCCAGCACUACUUGCAAAUCUGGCGCCAUUUCAUCCCCGAGGAGCAACGUCAUAGCUUUGAAUUCGGAGGGUGGUUCAAUGUCGAGGUGAUCCCAAACAAACUGGCCGUAUUUAGUCUGAAUACUCUCUACCUUUUCGACCGCAAUGCCGGCGUCGACGGCUGCGCGAGCCCCUCGGAACCGGGGUACAAGCAGAUGGAAUGGCUCAGGGUGCAGCUGCAGUUCAUGCGAGACCGCGGCAUGAAGGCUAUCCUGAUGGGGCACGUUCCGCCGGCCAGAACGGACAGCAAGAUGCUGUGGGACGAGACGUGCUGGCAAAAAUACUCGCUCUGGAUGCACCAAUUCCGGGACGUGGUGCUGGUCGGGUUGUACGGGCACAUGAACAUCGACCAUUUCCUGAUACACGACAAGAAUGAGAUCAACAUCGCUGCGCUGGACGGGUCGUCUGAGUUUGGGACCCGCGAGGCGAUGGACGAUGAGCUGACGGCACAGUCUGCGUCGGACUACCUGAUGGAGUUGCGCUCUGACUGGGCUAAGCUCGACCCCCCCGCAUCCGGCAAGGAGGUCAACAAGGAGGGCAAACGCAAGAAGGGCAAGGACCGUAAGGACCCCUGGGGCGAGCGCUACCACCUGUCUCUGGUCAGCCCCAGCGUCGUGCCGACUUACUUUCCCACUCUGCGUGUAUUCGAAUACAACAUCACCGGCCUCGAAGCCACGCCUCUCUGGAGAGACGCAGCCCAAGGGGGGAGCCAAGGUACCGGCAGCACAAGCCAAAAACACAUCGAACUCCGCCAACUCCCCACCGACUCCAACCCUGACUUCGACCCCGAUUCCGACCUCGAGACCGACGACCCCACCGUCGCCACCACCAGAAAGAAACACAAGAAAGGCAAAAAGAAGAAACACGGCAAACCCAAAAAGUCCCCCCCCAAAGACAAAGACCCCAACCUGCACAUCCCCCUCCCCCCCUCCAAAUCCGCCCCGCCAGGGCCAGCCUACUCAGUCCAGCCCCUCACCCUGACGGGGUACACGCAGUACUUCGCCAACCUCACGCACAUCAACAACCUCAAUCUGACCGCCGCCACCCACACCCCCGACAACAACGGAGACGGGAGGAGCAGCAGCAGCUGGUGGAGCUGGAGGAAUCUGGACCUGGACCUGUUGGAGUGGGACGGCUGGCUGCUACGCUGGCGCAAGGGCAAGCACGGCGGCAAGAAACCCGUGGUGGUGCCGCGGCCUACGCCGCCGAGGGAGUUUGCGUUUGAGGUGGAGUAUUCGACCUUUGAGGACGCUAUUUAUCGACUGGGGGAUCUUACUGUGAAUAGUAUGGUGGGGUUGGCGGUGAGGAUGGGCGGGCCGGCGGGGGGGAAGGGGCUGGUUGCUGGUGGUGAUGCUGCCGAUGCCGAUGCCGAUCCUGCGAGUGGUGAGGAGGGUGAGGAGGUUUGUGAUGAUGAUGAUGAUGACGAUGAUGAUGAUUAUGAUGGGGAGGCGGGGGCGGAGAAGAAAAAAAAGAAAGGGAAGGGCAAGAAAGAGAAGGGAAAGAAGGGGAAGAAGAAGAGACAGAACAAGACGUGGUUGCACUUUUUGAGGCACGCGUUUGUUGGCACCCUGGAGAAGGAUGACCUCGAGGAUUUUAUGUGA